AUGAACAUGAAUGCAAAUUUUUUAGCGGGUAACAACAACAUCUACAACAACAACAACAACAACAACAAUAACUUUAACAACAAUAAUAAUUUUAAUUUUAAUAACAAUUUCAACAACGCAAGCUCACACGCAUUCCUAAACCCAAACAACAACUACAGAAAUAUCGACAACAGUGCUUACAACAACGUGGAUGUUAAUUAUUCAAGAAAGUUUAACACUUCGCAACAGUUUUUUGACUUAAACUACAACCAACCAUCGAUUUUCAACGGCCACAACAACAACGACAACAACAACAACAGAAACCACAACAGCGACAACAACAGAAAUAACUACAACAACGACAUUUAUUUGCCUUCUGCGAACGCUUUCACAGUUUCAGCAUCAUCGAUAACAUCAACAACCAACAACAACAACAAACCAGCAAAAACCAACUCCACAAACAACAACGUCAACAAUUACAAAACAACCUCCCCAACCUCCUCCUCCUCUCACAGCAAACCGAUUAUCUCACUUAACGUCGGUAUCUUAAUCGGUAUCGUCACAUCGGUCACCGCAUCUCUAAUAAUCGUGUCGAUAUGUCUGUACCAUCGCUACAGGAAGCGUGAAGAAGGCAGCUACAAGAUCGAUCCACCGAACACUACCGCCACCACUAACUACCUAUACUGCACGGGCACCUCGAGUCACAACAGCAUGCUGAUGAUGAUCAACUGUGCUCCGACGAAACCGUACCCCGACGAUGAUCUAAUUACAGACUGCAGAAUAAAUAACACGAAUAAUUUCAGCUUAAACAAUGGGAUAAAUACUAGUGAAAGUAAUUUUAACGAUUGCACAGGCGGUAGUAGUAGCAGCGUUAAUAAAAUCAAAAACAGUAAUUUCAAGAAUAUUAGUAGCAGUAGUAACAUCGGUAGUAACAUAAAGUUUAGUGUGGGCAGUAAUAAAAGUAACGUUCAUAAGUUGUGUGCGAAAAAGACGAACAAGCAGAAAAACAAAAACAGCAAUCCCGUCGGCAAAGCGUCAAACAUCAUCAACAGAUACAACAGCAACAACAAAAACGAUAACAACAAGCGAACUAGAGAUGGCAUAAAAAAAUCAACGAGUCGGGAAUGUCAUAUAGAAGUCCAGACCAGAUAACAUUUGACUGUUUAUACACUCCACAAUCAGGAGCUUUCACUCCAAAUUCCCAAAACGUAAUUUUAUUUCAGGGCUAUCUCCAACUCAGUUUUAGGGGCACCUUGAACUCAAAGACCCAUCCCUCCAUAUAUAUCAUUCAUACUGGCUAUAAAAUAUUUAUAUUAAGAUUAUAUAUAAUUAAAUGAAUAAAUUAAUUAUUUGUAAAUAAAUAUAAACAUUAUUUUCAUUACUUUUCGUACUUUUUUUAUUUAAUAAUUUACUUAUUUUUUAGAUAAUAAUGCGUCAUGAUGAGAAGAACAAUCCAAGAUUAGUUUAUUAAACAUGAAGAAAAAGUUAUUUGUAGUCUUGGUUUAACUGAAAUUUAUAAUAAAUGAACAAACCAAAAAUGAAUGAGUGAAUGAAUGAAUGAAUGAAUGAAUGAAUGAAUGAAUCAAUCAAUCAAUCAAUCAAUCAAUGGAUAAGAUAAAUGGAUGAAAGAAGAGCGAGUGAAUGAAUGAGCGAAUGAUCGGAUUAAUUCCAAAAAAACGAAUGGUUAUAAAAACAAUUCAAAAAUUAAUAAUCAAUAGAAAACGUUAAUUAUGUAUGUGUGUGGUGUGUGUGUAUGUGUGUGUGUGUAUGUAUGUGGUGUGUUUGUUUGUGUGUGUGUGUAUGUGUAUGAAGUUAACAGUUAUUUAUUAUUCGUAAGCAAAUGGCAAGCUGUGUAAUUAUAUGUUUUUUUUUCAUGCGUUUACGCUAACGAAUUGUAUUCAUACAGCAACAAAUAGAAAAAAAUUCACAUACAUUAAAAAAAUACAAACAGAAGCAUGCAUACACUUACGUGUUUUUUGUAUGUGUACAUAUAUAUAUUCAUAUAUAUAUAUAUAUAUACAUACAUACAUACAUAUAUAUAUAUAUACAUACACAUA